AUGGUCCUCGCAGCCGUGGGGCAGCUAUGCUCGACUGCGAGUAUGACUGCUAAUCUGGCCCAAUGUCAAAUAUUGGUGCGCAAAGCAGUUGCAGCUGGUGCUAAAGCCCUAUUUCUGCCAGAAGCAGCAGACUACAUCGGCUCGUCCGCUGCAGAAACCGUUUCACUUGCUCGUUCCGUACAGGAAAGUGAAUUUGUACUGGGACUGCAAGAGGAAGCCCGGCAAGCGAAGCUACAUAUCAAUGUUGGCAUUCAUGAACCGGCUCCAGGCGGCCGAGUAAAGAAUACUUUGGUCUGGAUCGAUGAAAAGGGUGUCAUCUCCCAACGUUACCAGAAGAUCCAUCUAUUUGAUGUAGACAUCAAAGACGGGCCGGUGCUCAAAGAAAGCGCGAGUGUUGAAAAGGGCAUGGAAAUAGUUCCUCCUUUCGAAACACCUGUUGGACGUGUUGGUUUGUCCAUAUGUUUUGACUUACGUUUCCCUGAGAUCAGCCUUGCCCUGAAACGGCAAAAUGCUCAAAUCAUCACUUAUCCGUCAGCAUUCACGGUUCCAACAGGGCGUGCGCACUGGGAGACACUGUUGAGAACUAGAGCCAUUGAAACACAGUCCUAUGUGAUAGCGGCAGCCCAAGCCGGUCCCCACAACGAGAAAAGACGAAGCUACGGCCAUUCGCUGAUCGUAAACCCUUGGGGAGAAAUUGUGGCUCAACUCGGGGAUGAGUAUCAAGAGCCCCAGAUUGCGGUGGCGCAUAUUGACUUUGACCUUUUAGCCAAGGUCAGGCGAGAGAUGCCGCUACUCAGGAGGACAGAUGUCUACCCGGAAGUUUAG